CAGGAGAUGACCAGAGACUGCGGACAGUACAGGAGAUGACUAGAGACUGCGGACACAGUACAGGAGAUGACCAGAGACUGCGGACAGUACAGGGAUGACCAGAGACUGCGGACACAGUACAGGGAUGACCAGAGACUGCGGACAGUACAGGGAUGACCAGAGACUGCGGACACAGUACAGGAGAUGACCAGAGACUGCGGACAGUACAGGAGAUGACCAGAGACUGCGGACAGUACAGGGAUGACCAGAGACUGCGGACACAGUACAGGGAUGACCAGAGACUGCGGACACAGUACAGGGAUGACCAGAGACUGCGGACACAGUACAGGGAUGACCAGAGACUGCGGACAGUACAGGAGAUGACCAGAGACUGCGGACAGUACAGGGAUGACCAGAGACUGCGGACAGUACAGGAGAUGACCAGAGACUGCGGAAAGCACAGGGAUGACCAGAGACUGCGGACAGUACAGGAGAUGACUGCUGACCUUUGGGGAGGGAGGGGGAGCGGGUACCUG